AAAUGAGGGAUGCAGAAAAGCUAGAGAGAGAAACAAAGGAACUAAGUUUAUUGAAGGAUUUUCCAUAGAAGAAGAAGGCUUUGCCGGCUUCAAUUCGCUUUGAUUUCUGAUCUUUCUUCUUCCUUCCGAUCUGGGUAUGGAGUUUUAGGGUUUUCGUUUCUUACAGUUUGGAUGCUGUUCUUGAAAUUACAGUCGUUGGGUUUGCUGUAAUUCUCAAAAUAUGUUAGAAAUCUUGAGUAUUGUUGUUGGGUUUCUGAGCUUGGGAUGAUUUAGGUUUCCUGUUCUUCAGCUGAUUCUUGAAUUUUUAAGAUUAGGCAUUUGGGUUCUUUUCUUUCCCUCCUACUUACAGUGUUCUGAGUUUUGAAAACCCGCUUUUGGAUUGAUUCCAUUUGCUUUUUUAGAAAUAGAUUUGAACAAAAAGGAAAGGAAGAGAAAUUGCUUUUUCAGGUUUGGUAUUUAGAUGGACUGAAACAAAUCCAGCCGCCUUGUUCUGCCUUACCUUUCCUUUCCUUCCCUUCCAUUCUCUUCUUUGUCAAGCUUGAGAUUUGAGAUGCAUCUUUCACUAUGGAAGCCUAUAGCCCACUACGCCGCUCUAAUUUUGGAUAAAAAGAACAGAAGGAGAAAUGGGUCAUCAUCAACAGAACAACAAAGCAAGAAAAACCCAUCUUUCCUACGGAAAUUGCAAGAGCAUAAGCUAAGGGAAGCUCUUGAAGAAGCAUCUGAAGAUGGGUCACUAUUCAAAUCUCAAGUCAUGGAUUCCGAGGCGGCGGCCGCCAACGAAGACGAUGAAGCGCUCGUGAGAUCGCGAUCGCUCGCCAGGCUUAACGCUCAGAAAGAGUUUCUGAAAGCUACUUCUCUAGCAGCCGAACGAAUUUUCGAAUCCGACGACUCAAUUCCCGACUAUCUUGAUGCAUUCUCGAAGUUUCUGAUUAUGUACCCAAAGUAUCAGUCUUUGGAGAAGAUUGAUCAGCUGAGAUUAGAUGAGUAUUGUCAUUUAAAAGGACCAGAUUAUAAGGUAUGUCUUGAUUAUUGUGGGUUUGGUUUGUUUUCAUUUCUGCAAACAGUUCAUUAUUGGGAAUCUUCAACGUUUAGUUUGUCUGAAAUAACUGCAAAUUUGGGUAACCAUGCUUUAUAUGGAGGUGCUGAAACGGGAACUAUUGAACAUGACAUAAGAACUAGGAUUAUGGAUUAUCUUAACAUCCCUGAGAAUGAAUAUGGUCUUGUUUUCACGGUCAGCCGUGGAUCUGCGUUUAAAUUGCUGGCGGAUUCGUAUCCCUUUCAUACGAACAAGAAAUUGUUAACCAUGUUUGAUCAUGAGAGUCAAUCUGUGAAUUGGAUGGCUCAAUCUGCUAGGGAGAAAGGUGCUAAAGUUUAUAGUUCUUGGUUUAAAUGGCCCACUCUUAAACUAUGUUCGACUGAUUUGAGAAAACAGAUUUCUAAUAAGAAGAAGAGGAAAAAGAAGGAUUCUGCUGUGGGUCUUUUCGUGUUUCCUGUUCAAUCUAGGGUAACUGGUGCGAAAUACUCUUAUCAAUGGAUGGCUUUAGCACAGCAGAACAAUUGGCACGUUUUGCUUGAUGCUGGCUCGUUGGGGCCGAAAGAUAUGGAUUCGUUAGGACUCUCUUUGUUUCGUCCCGAUUUCAUUAUCACUUCGUUUUACAAAGUUUUUGGGUACGAUCCAGCUGGAUUUGGAUGCCUUCUGAUCAAGAAAUCGGUGAUGUCUAGCCUUCAGAAUCAAUCGGGUCAGACAGGUGCGGGAAUUGUAAAAAUCACUCCUUUGUUUCCUCUUUACCUCGGCGAUUCCAUGGACGGUUUGCCUGGUUUUUCUGGAAUCGAAGACGAUGAAGUGAUCGAUGAAGAUGACGAUCCCAUGGCUGAAACUCGUCCUGGCUCGCAUUUACCAGCCUUCUCGGGUGCGUACACGUCUGCUCAGGUGAGAGACGUGUUCGAUACAGAGAUCGAGAAUGAAAACAGCUCCGACAGGGACGGAGGAGCCAGCACGAUAUUUGAGGAAACAGAGAGUUUUUCUGUGGGAGAGGUUAUGAAGAGCCCGGUUUUCAGUGAAGACGAGUCGUCGGAUAACUCGUUAUGGAUUGAUUUAGGUCAAAGUCCUUUGAGUUCAGAUAAUAACAAGGUGAAGGCCUCUCCUCCGCCUCCGUUUUGGUUUUCCGGCAAGAAGAAGCAAGAUUCGUCGAAAGAGGUUGAUUCGUUCGACGCUGCUGUUCGCUCGGUUUCGCACGACGUACCGAAGAGCAAAUUGUUGUCUCGUUCGGGAUCAAACGGGGCCAGAACAGAUAAGAUCGGUUCAACGAGCGAAAUUAUAUGCCAAGACGGAAAAGAUAGCGCGAUUAGAAGAGAAACGGAGGGCGAUUUCAGGCUAUUGGGAAGGAGGAAGUGUAAUGCAUAUUCCGGGAGAAGGGUUUCGUUUAGCACGGAAGAUCAGAAUCAGAAUCCAUCGAAUAUACUCGAGCCCGAUGAUUACGAAGAUGAGGAUGAUGAAGUGGAGUCGUCGGGUAGAAGGGAAUCCGAGAUCAUAUGCAGACAUCUUGACCAUGUAAACAUGUUGGGUCUAAACAAGACGACAUUACGUCUCCGAUUUCUAAUCAACUGGCUCGUGACAUCGUUACUUCAGUUAAGAAUACCCGGUUCUGACGAUAAAACUGCCCUUGUUCACAUAUAUGGUCCGAAGAUAAAGUACGAGAGGGGUGCAGCCUUAGCUUUUAAUGUGAGGGACCUGAACAACAGGGGUCUGAUCAAUCCCGAGACAGUUCAGAAGCUAGCCGAUACUCACGGAAUUGCUCUUGGAAUUGGUAUUCUUAGCCGGAUAAAGAUUUUGGACGGAGUGAAGCUUGAAGAGACGACGUUAUGCAGACCGAUGGAAACUAAACCGAAUGGUGGGAAGAGGGGCGGUUUCGUUAGAGUUGAGGUAGUUACCGCUUCGCUUGGCUUUCUGACUGAUUUUCAAGACGUUUAUAAGUUUUGGGCGUUUGUUGCCAAGUUUCUUAACCCCGAGUUUAUUAAAGAUGGAGGACUCACAGAAGAGAUUUGCGGUUGAUGGUUGGUCGUUCAUAGAAAGAGCGCGAUGGCUCGCCUUCUUGGCAUGAAGGAUUUUUUGUGUUAUGAAAAAAGAGGUUUUGGGGAAGAAUUCUUCAUGGCUUUGAAGAGCUUACUAUUAUUGUAGCAGGUGCAUGUAUUUGUUCAUUCUUCAUGAUUCUAAAUUAUAUGUAUUUUAACUUUUUUUGGUUUAUAUUUUACCUACAACUAAGGUUUAUUAGUUAGUAGUAUUUAUUCAAUGGGACAUUUAUACUA